GUUCUUCAGCCCAACGAUGGCGGCCCUGCGCUCUUUUUCACGCACCUCCAUUAAUCUCGCACCCACUGUCAGUUCCCUUCCUUCUGGUGUGCCUUUUGCACCUUGGCUGAAUCUGGCCGCAACUGGUCCUUCGGAUCCUCAUCAUUCUCACGGACAUGGACCAUUGGCUCGGUCUGACAAGGUUCCUUCAUGGGCGGGAGGCGCACGUCUAAUCAACGGAUCGCUUACUUCUAAGAUCUAUGUCAAUGCCGCUCCCACAGUGCCAGGAAAGCGUUACAUACAUGCCACUCCCGCCGUCAAAGAUGCCAGCGAGACCGUCCCCGACUUCUCUCACUACCGUCCAAAAAACCAAGACAACAACAGAGCCUUGUCAUACUUUGUCAUUGGCUCGACGGGUCUUCUCGGUGCUACGGCUGCCAAAUCUACCGUCACAAGUUUCCUCUCAUCCAUGAAUGCCUCAGCAGAUGUCUUAGCCCUCGCCAAGGUCGAAGUGGAAAUGAAUAACAUCCCAGAGGGGAAGAACGUCAUUAUCAAAUGGCGUGGCAAGCCUGUCUUCAUCCGUCAUCGUACCUCGGAUGAGAUUGAGGAGGCUAACAAUGUUGAUGUCAAGUCGUUGCGCGAUCCUGAGGCAGACGAGGCUCGUACACAGAGGCCAGAGUGGCUUAUCAUGUUGGGUGUUUGCACUCACCUCGGUUGCGUUCCAAUCGGCGAGAGUGGAGACUUUGGUGGAUGGUUCUGUCCCUGCCAUGGCUCUCAUUACGAUAUCUCUGGCCGUAUUCGGAAGGGACCUGCUCCCCUCAAUCUAGAAGUACCCCCGUACAGCUUUGACGAGGGCGAGGGGAAAAUCAUCAUUGGGUGAAAAAUCAUUGUAUCGUAGCACACCUAGACAUAAUCGUAUGAAUACCUCGCAAGCUCGGACAACUAAUCCCAGCUCGUUCUCGAUGUUUGUAAGGGCGGCUGGAGGGCUUCUGGAAAUUUCAGUGUGCUUCUCGCUCCACCAGUUUACAAGUCGCACAAAGGGAACAUUCCUUUAACGGAGGCACAUGCAAAUAGACAUCCAAAACGAACGCGGGAAAACGUGACAAUUAAGUGACGAGGGAAAAAUGUACAUAGAGGGAAACUAGAUCGUGACGAGAUAGGCAUGCAAGGAAAUCGACAACAGGACGACGCUAGUCCGGUUUGGCUACACAUGUCAGGCGCAGUAGCAGGGGGAAAAAAAAACUGUCUGAACCGUAGCAGUGGUAGUCCAUACGCAAGGGAAAGCCUGCACGCGCAGAGAACUUUUUGUGUCAAUCUCAAAAUACCAUCACACCUCCAAACAUCACCGCCAGCAA